AUGGACACAGAUCACAGCUCGAGCAAGGACGAAGACACUUGCGUCAUAUGUCUCUCUGUCAUCACUGAACGCGCAGUCGCAGUCCCUUGCAACCACUGCACUUUCGACUUCAUCUGCCUGGUCUCAUGGCUCCAGCAGCGGACCUCAUGCCCACUAUGCAAAGCUCAAACCACAGCCGUUCAGUAUGACUGGCGAUCCCCGACCGACUUCAAACAUUAUACUGUUCCGACGCUUCAGCGCGCCCCUGCCCCAACGUAUGCACACCACAGCCUGCCACGCAGACCGAGAACGUCACGUCGUCCUUACGAGCAGCCUCAACCAGAUGUCGCCAUUCUCCGGCGCCGGCAUGUGUAUCGCCAUAAGCUUUAUUCUUUCCAUGUCGGGAGCAACCCCAUCUCUGGAUAUCAGGACAUAACGCCGGAAAUGGUUUCGAAUUCACCUGAGCUGCAGUCCAAAGCGCGGGCAUGGAUACGAAGAGAGCUCCGUGUAUUUACUUUUCUCCACACUGAUCCUGAAAAUGGACCGUCUGCUGGCGCUACUACAAGUAGCAAUGCCGAGUUUUUGCUUGCGUAUAUUGUGGCUAUAUUGAAAAAGGUAGACCUUAAAGCAAGCAACGGCCAUGCGGAAGAUCUCUUGACAGAGUACCUUGGGAGGCAAAAUGCUCGCUUGUUCCUUCACGAACUGUACGCCUGGAUGCGCAGUCCAUGCAACAAGGUGGUGGAUUGGGAUCGGCAGGUACAAUACGAGGAGGAGCUUUCGGAACAACCACUCAGAAGCACAGAGGACGCAUGUACCUAG